AACGCCCCCCGACGACUUUCUGUUGAACAGGAGACCCGACUCAUCAGCAAGAUCAAUGACUUUGCAGCUCGAGGUACCCUUCUUACUCCUCGACAUGUCAAAGAACUCGCGGAAUCGGUGUGUGCUGAGAAGAUUGGAGUCAAUUGGGUUUCUCGCUUUGUUCAUCGACACCAGGAUGUAUUGUCCUCUCGAUUUUACUCAUACAAGGAAGCUUCUCGGCUCAAAGCGGAUACUCCUGCUGUGUCACGAACUACGAAAGCAUUCUACACCUUGGUCAAGGAAGUCUAUGAGACCGGUCUCUAUUCUCCUUCCUGUAUCUUUAACAUGGAUGAAUCACCUUUCAGUCUCUCAUAUGAACAAAGAGUACGCCGAAUUGGUCCUCGCAAUCAUCCUCAUAAUGGUCAAGCAAUCCCUUCAUCUCGCGAACACAUCACUGCUGUCCAUUGUAUCGGUAUCGACUCAGCUCCGGUUCCCCCUCUCAUCAUCUUUCAAGGUGCACAACUCCAGGAAAGUUGGACGGCGGAGCAUGAGAAGGAUGUCCGGCAGAUAGCAACUGUCAGUAACUCCGGCUGGAUCAACAGCUACAUCAUGAUCCAGUGGUUAGAAACAGUUUUUGAUCCCUUCACCAAAGACAUCGCCAACGGUCGCCGUCGUCUUCUCUUCCUCGAUGGAGCGGAACCACACACAAAAGUCGACUUUCUUGAAGCCUGCUGGGCAAAGAACAUCGUAUGCAUCAUCCUCCCUGCCAACAUGACCGACAAAUUCCAACCUCUUGAUGUUGAUUUCUUCAAACCCCUCAAAGACGCUUACUUCCGACACCUUAACAAUUAUCAACUAGGAGGGUCUAUGUUGAAUGCCGUGAAGGGUAUGUUCUGGCCAUGGCAUCAACGUGCAUGGAGGGAGACCGCAACCUUGAGACAGUUGCGAGGGGCAUGGAGGAAAUCAGGGCUCUGGCCAUUGGACAGAAAGGUGAUGCGGGUAGAGGAGGAUGCUCUUGAAGCAAGACCAGUGACACCACCCCCCAGAGAUCUCAAACUCAAUCCACUGACACCCUACAACCUACGCGUCCUUCGAAGCAACAAUCGUGCAGUCAGGCGAGGUGAAAUUCCGACAACCAACAUGCUGAAGCUUGAGAAGUCCUGUGAAAUCUUGCUAGCGGAUAAGGCGCUUACGGAUUAUGAGUUGAUGAGUGUACGGGAUGCGCAGGCAUUGGAGAGGGCAACCAGGGCUAGUAGAAAGAAGCAGAGACAUCCAGAUGGACAAUUAUAUGAUCCUGAGUAUGCUGAGGAGCAUGCGGCCGAGUUGCAGGAGAGGAAGCAGAAAGAGGCAGAGGCGAGAAGGAAGAGACGGCGCACGGAAGGGAGAGCAGCUGGGGGAGGUUCUGAACACCCCCAAGCAUGCAUAGCAGGGCCAUCUAAUACCUCGCAAAGUUGUUUCACUGUAUCUAUCACUCUAACCUUGUUAUGCAUGUCUAAAAGUACAAUAAAGGAAUCGGGAUGA